UGACGCCGCGCGUAUGACCCUCGUCACAUCAGCGAUGCGCGUCGCGUCGAGUUGCCGCCGGUCCGGUCGUCGUGUGCGCAGCCCGUUAAGCGUCGGUGUCUGGACCCAGUCGUCCGUCCAUGAGAAGCGCGGCAGCGGCGCUGUUUGUGUGUGUCUCCGCGGCGCUGCUUCACUGGCUCGGCUGGACCGACAGAACUGCGCUCCUGUUGGGCUUCGGCUCUGCAGACAACCAGAAGGCUGUGCAUGAGGUGUUGAUGGGUGUUUUGUCAGCGCGGCAUCAUCAUGAGCUCCGGCAGGCCAUAAGAGACACAUGGCUGGGGUACCUUCAACACCAUCCUCACUUCCAGAAACGGGUGAUGGUGAAAUUCAUCAUUGGUGAGCAUGGCUGCUCUGUGCCGGAGGAGGAUCGUGAAGACCCUUAUUCCUGCUCGCUGCUGAACCUCACGGAGACAGCUGCUGGACAGGAGAUGUCUGUGUUGAGCGUUCCCGACUCGUCUGCGCUGCUGCCCUCCGAUGUGUCCGCCGUCAGUCUGGACUUCAAGGUCCUUCACUCGGUGGUCAUCACCCAGCUGGGCGUCUUUCCCAACGGACCGCGAGACGACUUCAGAGGCAACGUCACCGUGCGGCUCUUCCAGGUGGAUCAGGAGGAGCCGGUGGUCACCGCUCGCUUCAGUGCACUGAGUCCAGGCACACGUGUAGGUGGGAUGUUUUACAAAGCCGUCGAGCAGUUCAUUCUUCCCAAGGGUUUUGAGGGAACUCUUCUGUGGGAGGCUCAGGAUUCGACGGGACUGAUGUCUGUCAACACGUCUGCGGUCCACCUGAGUAACGGAGGAGGCGUGCUCAAGUUUGGAUCUAUAGAGGAGGGAACGUUGCCUCACCGGAGCGCUUUGGGCUUCCCGGGCUUAGCUGGAGGAUUCACUUUCUCAGUGUAUGAUGUGCAGGUGUUGUCGGAGCUGCUGCGUGGGCGAGCCAGACGCCAGCGGAUCCGCGAGGCUCAGCUGAGAGAGGAGGACGAGGCCCUGCGGGAGGAGAGCCUCAGACAUGGAGACAUGGUGUUUGUGGACGUGGUGGACACCUACAGGAACGUGCCUUUGAAACUGCUGCAGUUUUAUAAGUGGUCGGUGGGAAACGCUGAUUUCAAGCUGCUGCUGAAGACAGAUGAUGAUUGCUAUAUCGACGUGGAUGCCGUGCUGCUGAAGACGGAGCUCAAACGCCUCUCACAGAGCAGCCUGUGGUGGGGAAAUUUCAGGCAGAACUGGGCCGUGGAUCGUGUGGGGAAGUGGCAGGAGCUGGAGUACUCCAGUCCAGUGUAUCCGGCCUUCGCCUGUGGAUCUGGAUACGUGGUGUCCAGGGAUCUGGUGGAGUGGCUCGCCAGCAACGCUCAACAUCUCAAAGCUUACCAGGGAGAGGAUGUGAGCAUGGGCAUCUGGAUGGCUGCCGUCGGGCCUCGCAAAUAUCAGGAUUCGGGAUGGCUGUGUGAGAAGGAGUGUUAUGUGGACAUGCUGUCCUCGCCGCAGCACUCGCCGCAGGAGCUGCGCUCGCUCUGGGACAGGAAGAGGAAGUGCGGCGAUCCCUGCGGCUGCGUCUGGACCCAGCACUGACACAUGCAUGUUCACCAUCUCUCUUCGUUUUCUUGACAUUUUCCCCUACACCCGUCCAUACGACACACUAAUCAUGUUUACUUGUCCUUUCUAAGCCUGCUCUGUUAUGCCGGCUGUGUAGAUCCACCAGCAGAUGUCAAAUUCACACAGGGUUUGAGAAUCGCCAGGGCAGCUUCACCUGUGCUUCCUCUUGUUACCUGUCUUUCUGUCAUCUUUGCGCUUUGCGUUCUCUGUUACUGAGAGAUCUUGAAAUCACCAAGCACGCAAAUCCUUUCCACUGCUUUUAUCUUAGCUGCAAGCCAAAAUUGUUACACUGAAACGUUCAUUUAUGAACAAUAAAACAUUACAACAGGA